CUCUAAACAGUCUUGAAAAAUGUUUUCAAAGUUAACUGCACUCAGUGCCUUCCUGGCAAUAAUUUCUCUGUCUGCGGCCUACCAAAUAUCGACCAGUGUUAUUGAUGGUGUGGCAGCAUUUCUGAAUACACCCACAGAUCCAUUUGUCAAGAUCGGAGAAAGUUAUUACUUUGUUGAAAGUAAGCGUAAAUCAAACUUGUAUGGUGCCUUCGAGGCUUGUCGUCAAAUGAACGCUGACUUGGUCGCAUUUGAAGACUUGAAGGAACUGAAACUGGUUCAUCAAUACCUUGUUGAUAAGAAAGUUGAUAUGUUUUAUUGGACUGCUGGCACCGACUUGGACAAGAAGGACUAUUUUGUUUGGUUUUCUACUGGUCAGCCCGUGUCUACGGAUUUGUUUCGUAAAGGGGAGCCGAAUAAUGCUGGAGGGAAUGAGCGCUGCGUUGAAUACAAAUCCGAUGAGAGAUUGGGACUGAAUGACCGGAGCUGCACCGACUCGAUGCGUUAUAUUUGCAAGGCACCGCAGCCGAAAACCGUUUCAUUUAUUGUGUGGUAAAUAAACGCUAUAAAAAAGGAAGUGUUACAUAUUUCUAGUUUAAGAAUAAAACCAACUGUUAAGCUCACAA